CAAUAGCCAUGCGCCAGCGAGCUGCGCUGUUGUGGGCGCCUGUGCGCGGUAUGUGAGCCACUGCUGAGCAGCGUCAUGACGGUGAGGUGACUUUCGGCGGAAGUUUCGGGUCAACAAAGUGUGAGAGGAGCGGCGGCGGCGGCGGCGACGCUUCCUCCUUCUCUCUGACGGCUGUGUGUGGGACAGGACCGGAGGACUGCCAUGUAGCCGAGGCAGAAGAAUGAGCCGUCAGCGCACCGGAGGAGAAGGAGCAGGGACAGACGACUACACGGUGCAGCAGGAGAACGAGCUCGAGGCUCUUGCGUCUAUCUUCGGAGAUGAUUUCCAGGAUCUGCGGAACAAGGACCCGUGGAAGGUCAAAAGGCCUCCAGAGGUGCACCUCUGUCUGCGGCCCAACGGGCUGAACAACGGACAGGAAUGCUACGUGACUGUGGACUUGCAGGUCAAAUGCCCACCGACAUACCCAGACGCGCCUCCAGAGCUGGAGCUUAAUAAUGCCAAAGGUCUGUCGAAUGAAAACCUCCAGAACCUUCAGAGUGAACUCGCUAAGUUGGCGGCUGCACGAUGUGGGGAGGUGAUGAUUUACGAGCUAGCAGACUAUACCCAGGGCUUUCUGAGCCAGCACAACAAGCCCCCGUCGAGCUCCUUCCAUGAGGAGAUGCUGAAGAACCAGCGGAGACGGCAGGAGAAACGGGCCCAGGUGGAGCAGCAGAAGAUGGACAAGCAGCGCAAGCAGGAGGAGGACAUGGAAAAAGAGAUCAUGGCUGAAAUCCAAAGAAGAGAGGAGGAGAAACGAGAAGAAAAAAGAAGAAAGGAAAUUGCCAAACAGGAGCGACUUGAGAGCAUGGAUCAGCCAGUCCCUGCUAACGCCUCCCCUCUCGGGAGGAGCCCACCCAGCUCCGGUGGAGCUCCUCCUGAACUGAUGGAGGUCAAGAAAGCUGCGGUGAGCCGCCGCCGAACGGCCUCGAAUCCACGCCACAGACGUGACACGGUUAAUGAAGACAACCCUCGUUCACAAGAGCUUCUUCACUUCUACAGCAGCACUUUUGGAGAGCUUGUUGUCCACAGAGGGAAAAGCUUAGGUGUAGGCGAGAGGUUCCGCCGCAGCGUUUAUUAUGGAUUUGAGGAAAACUCUGGAGACUUUGCUGUGAUCUACGAGUGGUCCCUACACUGGAACAAGAAGAUGGGCAAGUUCUUCACCAGCCAGGAGAUGGGGAGGAUUGAGAACUGCAAGAAGCAGAUCAACGGGGCAGAAAAUGAGUUCAACUCCCUCCUGCGGCUGGAUCACCCAAACUUGGUGCGCUACAUGGCGAUGAGCUCCACUGAGAAGGAUGACUGCCUUGUGGUUAACCUGCUGGUUGAGCAUGUGGCCGGCAUCAACUUGACCCACAGCCUCAAGGCCCACACCCCGGUCCCUCUGGAUAAACUCUGCCACUACACGGCCCAGCUGCUGGCUGCUCUCGACUACCUUCACUCCAACUCCGUGGUGCACAAACAGCUGGGGGCCUCCAGCGUGCUGGUGGACUCUGAGGGCAAUGUCCGACUGACCGAUUACAGCUUAUCCAAGAGGUUUGCAGAUAUAUGCAAAGAAGACGUUUUUGAGCAAGCCCACGUGCGUUUCUCAGAGGACACGGCGAUGCCAACGAAGAUGGGCAAGAAAGGUGACGUGUGGAACUUGGGCCUGAUGCUCCUGGCUCUGAGUCAGGGGAAGGAGGUGCAGGAGUAUCCAGUGACGGUGCCACCCAGCCUGCCUGCGUCCUUCCAGGAUUUCCUCCAAAAGUGUGUGUGCCUGAAUGAUGCUGAACGCUGGACAGCCCAGCAGCUUUUAGACCACUCCUUCCUGAAGCCUCCAUCGCCUAAAAACCUGCCACAGCGCCGGGAUUCCAGCACAGACGAUCCUGCCGUGGACUCUCCAUCAUCUGUCAUCCCACCGAGCCACAUCCUCAACGCUCCGUUCAGCUUCGGGGUGGAGAGGCAGUUUUCGCGCUACUUCAAUGAGUUUGAAGAACUCCAGCUUCUUGGAAAGGGAGCUUUUGGUGCUGUUAUUAAGGUUCAGAAUAACCUGGACGGCUGCUACUACGCUGUGAAGCGCAUCCAGGUCAACCCGGCCAGCAAACAGUUCAGACGGAUCAAAGGCGAGGUGACGCUGCUCUCGCGCCUCAACCACGAGAAUAUCGUCCGCUACUACAAUGCGUGGAUCGAGCGGCACGAGAAGCCCUCGUCAGGGGUGCUGAGCAACACCGACAGCUCUGAGGCCUGGAGCGCUGCCGACAAGCCCCCUCAGUGCGAAGAGCCUCCGCAGCGCAUCAACGAGCUGGGCCUCGCUGAUAACGCGGAAGACGCCGCGCCGCCUCCGUCCCUGUCGAGCUCUGUGGAGUGGUCCACCUCCAUCGAGAGGUCAUCCAGCGCCAAAUGUAGCAGGCACCAGUCGAGUGAUGAAGAGGAUGAAGAUGACGAAGAUGUGUUUGGUGCCUCUUUUUUGCCAUCAGAUAGUGACUCAAGUGGCGACAUCAUCUUUGACAACGGCGAUGGAAGCACAAAUGAGAUGUCACAGGUCGAGCCAAGCAAAAUGCCGGUGAUGGACACAACGGAGAGCACAGACUCGGAUCGACCCCUUCUAAUAGCACAUUACUUGUACAUACAAAUGGAAUACUGUGAAAAGAGCACUUUAAGGGACACAAUAGAUCACGGCCUGCACCAGGACCAGAAUCGUUUAUGGAGACUCUUCAGAGAGAUACUGGAUGGCCUUGCUUACAUCCACGAGCAGGGCAUGAUUCACAGGGACUUGAAGCCUGUCAACAUCUUCCUUGACUCGCAGGACCACGUGAAGAUUGGGGACUUUGGCCUGGCUACAGACCAUCCUGCUAAUGUGGCUGCAGGUAAAUUUGAAGUGGAGGAGAGCAGCUCAGCAGUGAUGCCCAAACCAGACCCAACAGGAAACAUGACGGGCAUGGUUGGUACUGCGCUCUACGUCAGUCCGGAGGUUCAAGGCAACACCAAAGCCACCUACAACCAAAAAGUUGACCUGUUUAGCCUGGGCAUCAUCCUGUUUGAGAUGUCCUACCGGCCCAUGACCACGGGUGCCGAGCGCAUCUCUGUCCUGAGCCAGCUACGUGUGGAGCCCAUGACCUUCCCCGAGGACUUUACUCCGUACGAGCAAGGAAAACAGAGGAAAGUGAUGGAGUGGCUGUUGAACCACGACCCGGCUCUACGGCCCACCGCCCAGGAGCUGCUGAAGAGUGAACUGCUGCCCCCACCACAGAUGGAGGAGUCAGAGCUGCACGAGGUGCUGCAGCACACCAUGGCCAAUAUCAACGGCAAGGCCUACCGCACCAUGGUUGGCCAGCUGUUCGCCCAGAACACCUCUCCGGUCAUGGAUUACACCUACGACAUAGACCUACACAAGGGCAGCUUCAGCUUGAACAGUGCCAAAUUGCAGCAGCAUGUGUAUGAAACGAUCACCAGGAUCUUCAAGAAGCAUGGUGCGGUGCGUCUCCAGACACCGCUGCUCCUCCCAAGAAACAGGAAGUUGUAUGAUGGCAGCGAGCCGGCCUGCUUCAUGGACCACAGCGGAAUGCUGGUUACACUGCCCUAUGACCUUCGAAUGGCGUUUUCAAGAUUCGUCGCUCGCAAUAAUAUCACUUAUCUGAAGAGGUACAGCAUCGAGCGUGUAUUCCGCCCCAGGAAGCUGGAUCGCGCGCACCCAAGGGAGCUCCUGGAGUGUGCUUUUGACAUCAUCACACCCGUAACUAACAGCCUGCUCCCGGAUGCCGAGACCAUUUACACCAUCUCUGAAAUAGUCCAGGAAUUUGCCGUGCUCCAGGAAAGGAACUAUAACAUUUACCUGAACCACACCAGCUUGUUCAAGGCCAUCCUGCUCCACAGCGGAGUCCCUGAGGACAAAUUGAGCCAGGCCUCCACGAUACUGUGUGACGCCAUGAGUGAAAAGCUGACCAAACGUGAGUUGGAGGCAAAGUUCUGCAACUUUUCACUGUCGACCACCAGCUUGCAGACGUUGUACAAGUACAUAGAACAGAAGGGGAAUCUGCAGGACCUGGCGCCACUGCUGACAUCACUCACCAAACAGAAGACCGCUGCCACCCUGUUGGCCAAGCAGGGCCUCAAGGACCUGGAGGAGCUCACAAUGCUGCUGCGCAGACUAGGAGUUAAACUGCAGGUGGUGGUCAACUUAGGCUUAGUGUACAAGGUGCAGCAUCACUCUGGGGUCAUCUUCCAGUUUGUGGCUUUCAUCAGGAAACGCAAGCGAAUUGUUCCAGAUAUAGUGGCUGCUGGAGGACGCUAUGACCACUUGAUCCUGGAGUUUCGAGGGCCAGCUUCCACAGUGCCGGUGCCCUCUGCAGUCGGGGCCAGUGUGGCCCUGGACAAAGUCUGUGCUGCUAUAGCCAACAUGGAGGAGCCACCAUCAGUGAGCUCCUGUGAUGCGCUCGUGGUCCCAGUAGGACAUUCUUCAAUGUCCAGAGCCAUCAAUGUUGUCCAGAAGCUGUGGAGCUCCGGUGUUUCUGCGGACAUCGCCUACGAUGUCUUACAGUCUCAGGAGACGUUGAUGGAGCACUGCAGGCUGGCUGGCAUCAUCUGCAUGGCCCUGGUCUCUGACAAGGAGGGGAACUAUGUGAAGGUCAAAUCAUUUGAGAAGGACAGGCAGUCAGAGAAACGGAUUCCGGAGUCAGACUUGGUGGACCACAUCAUUCAGAAAUGUCGGACCAAAUACUUUGAGGAAAGAAACAUCAGAGAAAUCUCUGAAAGCACGUCUCAGAACCCAAAAGGAUCACUGCUCAACACCACAGGCUCUUCCGAACAGCAUGGGAGCAGCAGCACCACGAACAUUAAUGUGAAUGUCAUCAGCCCGGAAAAAGUUUCUUCUAAUGCUAGACGACGCUACGAGACUCAGAUCCAAACCAGAUUGCAAAAUCUCUGUACCAAUUUGCAGAACAAGAGCAAUGACAUUGAAGUUCUGGCGGUGGACCUGCUGAAGGAAACGCUGGUCAACUUCCUGACCCUGGAGUUUGAUAGCGAAGAGCAGUUCAACAGCAGUGUGAAGACUCUGCUGCAUCGUCUCCCCAAGCAGCGCUACCUGAAGUCCAUCUGCGAUGAGAUCCACCAGUUCAAAAUUACAAAAAAGGUGGCUGUGGUGGUCUUGUACAGCUACAAGGACGACUACUACAAGAUCCUUCUCUGAAAAGGAGGAGGCCCAGUGGUCUCUCAGGAACUAUUUUUAUUCAUGGACCUACAGAAACUCUUUUUUCCCCCACAACCUUCCAAGGCGUUGACUAGAAGACUACCUGCCUUUAUUGUCAUAAUGGAACUAUUGGGAGGUGAAAAAUGAAAAGGCUUUUUACUGAAGAUUAUGUGUCACGAAGGCAAUCAUUUUACAGUUCUUAUGGGAUGGAUAGUUGUAAUAAAUAAUUUUUUCCCACA